AUGGUGCAGAAGCCUGGAAGCGCUCAGAAGCAGGAACCUUUUCGAAGCGGCAGCCACUCGUUUAACAGCCGCGAAUGGGGCGGCCAUCUGGUGAACGCGUUGAAGCUGUCCGUCGACAUUGUUUAUGGUGGAGCGAGUGUUGGUGCUCGUCAGCUUCAGGAGCUUCAACGUGAAUAA